CUGGGGCGACGACGGUUGAAUGAGGGGAGCCGCUAUGGCGGAGUGCUCCGGCCUCCAGUUCGUCAGCCCCUACGCCUUCGAGGCGAUGCAGAAGGUGGACGUGGUGCGGCUGGCCGCGCUGAGCGACCCCGAGCUGCGGCUGCUGCUGCCCUGCCUGGUGCGCAUGGCCCUCUGCGCCCCCGCCGACCAGAGCCAGAGCUGGGCGCAGGACAAGAAGCUCAUCCUGCGGCUCCUCUCGGGCGUGGAGGCCGUCAACUCCAUCGUGGCCCUGCUCUCCGUGGAUUUCCACGCCUUGGAGCAGGACGCCAGCAAAGAGCAGCAGCUCCGGCACAAGCUGGGAGGAGGUAGCGGAGAAAGCAUCUUGGUGUCGCAGCUUCAGCACGGGCUGACGCUGGAAUUUGAACACAGCGAUUCACCUCGUCGGCUUCGUCUCGUGCUUAGCGAGUUACUAGCGAUUAUGAAUAAGGUGUCAGAAUCAAAUGGUGAGUUUUUUCUGAAAUCUUCUGAGCUCUUCGAGAGUCCUGUUUAUCUGGAGGAGGCAGCAGAUGUUCUCUGCAUUUUGCAAGCAGAGCUGCCGUCGCUGUUGCCAAUAGUUGAUGUGGCUGAAGCUCUGUUGCACGUUAAAAAUGGAGCCUGGUUCCUCUGCCUUCUCGUGGCCAACGUUCCCGAUAGCUUUAAUGAGGUCUGCAGAGGUUUGAUUAAGAAUGGUGAACGGCAGGAUGAGGAAAGUGUUGGAGGCCGUCGUAGAACAGAAGCACUUCGCCACCUGUGCAAAAUGAACCCUUCCCAAGCUCUGAGGGUCCGAGGCAUGGUGGUGGAAGAGUGUCAUCUACCAGGUCUUGGUGUGGCUUUGACCUUGGAUCACACCAAAAAUGAAGCUUCAGAUGAUGGAGUGAGUGACCUGGUGUGUUUUGUGAGUGGUUUGCUACUUGGAACAAAUGCAAAGGUUCGAACUUGGUUUGGAACUUUUAUCCGAAAUGGCCAACAGAGAAAAAGAGAUAAUAUCAGUUCCGUGCUUUGGCAAAUGAGGAGGCAGCUGCUCCUGGAGCUCAUGGGAAUCCUUCCCACGGUUCGCAGCACACACAUUGUUGAAGAAGCAGAUGUUGAUAUGGAGCCAAACGUGUCUGUGUAUUCCGGACUGAAGGAAGAGCACGUCGUGAAAGCCAGCGCGUUGUUACGUCUCUAUUGCGCUUUGAUGGGAAUUGCUGGGCUGAAGCCAACUGAUGAAGAAGCGGAGCAGCUGCUGCAGCUGAUGACCAGCCGGCCUCCCGCAACUCCAGCUGGUGUUCGCUUUGUAUCUCUUUCCUUCUGUAUGCUUCUGGCCUUCUCCACUCUUGUCAGCACCCCGGAACAGGAGCAGCUCAUGGUAAUGUGGCUUAGUUGGAUGAUAAAGGAAGAAGCUUACUUUGAAAGCAUUUCUGGUGUGUCUGCUUCUUUUGGAGAGAUGCUUCUCUUGGUAGCCAUGUAUUUCCACAGCAAUCAGCUCAGUGCUAUCAUUGAUUUGGUCUGCUCCACCUUGGGAAUGAAGAUUGUUAUUAAGCCCAGCUCACUCAGCAGAAUGAAGACAAUCUUCACACAGGAGAUUUUCACUGAACAGGUUGUUACGGCUCACGCAGUUCGCGUGCCUGUUACAGGGAAUCUCAGUGCCAACAUUACUGGGUUUUUACCUAUUCACUGCAUUUACCAGCUUUUAAAAAGUCGAUCAUUCACCAAGCACAAAGUAUCCAUUAAGGACUGGAUCUAUCGGCAGCUCUGUGAAACCACCACUCCACUCCAUCCUCAGUUGCUUCCUCUUAUUGAUGUCUACAUUAACUCUAUUCUUACUCCUGCAUCUAAAUCCAAUCCAGAGGCCACAAAUCAGCCUGUCACGGAGCAGGAGAUACUGAAUGUUUUUCAAGGACUCUCGGGGGGAGAAAAUACUCGUCUUACUCAACGAUACAGCAUCACAACACAAUUGCUUGUCCUCUACUAUGUCCUGUCAUACGAAGAAGCGCUUCUGGCAAACACAAAGAUACUAGCUGCCAUGCAGAAAAAACCCAAGUCUUACUCAUCAGCGUUAAUGGAUCAGAUCCCAAUCAAGUACCUCAUCCGGCAGGCGCAAGGACUGCAGCAGGAGCUGGGAGGUAGAUCUGUGUGCGAAAGCCUGACGUGCAUGCAGACAGAAGGCGCCGCCUGUUUCCAGCCCUGUGGCUAUUGCUUGCAUUCUGCACUGUUACGCCUUCUUGCAACUAACUAUCCACACCUCUGCAUCGUGGAAGACUGGAUCUGUGAGGAGCAGAUCACGGGCACUGACGCCUUACUGAGGAGGAUGCUUCUGACUAACAUUGCAAAGAAUCACUCUCCCAAACAGCUCCAGGAAGCAUUUUCCAUGCUGCCUGGAAAUCACACCCAGCUGAUGCAGAUCUUAGAACAUUUAACACUUCUCUCGGCCGGUGAAUUGAUCCCAUAUGCAGAAGUAUUGACAUCAAAUAUGAAUCGCUUGCUGAAUGCUGGAGUCCCUCGGAGGAUUCUUCAGACUGUCAAUAAACUUUGGAUGGUUCUUAACACUGUGAUGCCAAGAAGGUUGUGGGUGAUGACUGUUAAUGCUCUGCAGCCUUCAGCAAAAGUAGUCCGACAGCAGAAAUACACCCAGAAUGAUCUGAUGAUUGAUCCUUUGAUUGUACUAAGAUGCGAUCAGAGAGUUCAUAGGAGUCCUCCUCUGAUGGAUAUAACUUUGCACAUGUUGAACGGCUAUCUUCUUGCUUCAAAAGCUUACCUCAAUUCUCACCUAAAAGAAACAGCAGAGCAGGACAUUAGGCCAUCCCAGAACAAUGCAAUGGGUCCAGAGGCCCCAGAAGUUACAAGGGAAGAAUUAAAAAAUGCAUUGCUUGCUGCUCAGGACAGUGCUGCUGUGCAGAUUCUUCUAGAGAUCUGCUUACCUACAGAGGAGGAGAAAGCUCAGAGCAGUAAUACCCACAGUUUGCUCAAGAGUGUUCAUAGUACCACGGGCCCUGCGAGUCCUGAACUAGAAGAAGAAGAUAGCUUGCUGUGUAAUCUCCGAGAGGUCCAGUGUCUGAUCUGCUGUCUGCUGCAUCAGAUGUAUAUAGCUGAUCCCAACAUAGUCAAACUAGUUCAUUUCCAGGGUUAUCCAUGUGAACUUCUGGCGCUGACAGUGGCGGGGAUUCCGUCGAUGCAUAUCUGUCUGGAUUUCAUACCGGAGCUCAUUGCCCAGCCUGAACUUGAAAAACAGAUAUUUGCUAUCCAGUUACUUUCAUUUUUGUGUAUCCAGUAUGCACUACCGAAAUCUCUCAGUGUGGCUCGUUUAGCUAUCAAUGUGAUGGGAACUCUACUCACAGUUUUAACCCAGUCGAAGCGCUAUGCUUUUUUUAUGCCAACCCUGCCUUGUUUGGUGUCAUUCUGCCAAGCCUUUCCUCCUUUGUACGAGGAUAUUAUGUCUCUGCUGAUACAAAUAGGACAAGUUUGUGCCUCUGAUGUUGCUACGCAGACAAGAGACUUCGACCCAAUUAUUACACGUCUCCAGCAACUAAAGGAGAAACCACAUGAAGUUUCGGGACUUUGUAAAGAUUCAUCCAACAAAAGUUGUUCAAGGGACAUUGCAAGCAUGGACCCUGAUGUUCGGCUAUGCCAGUGUGUUGAAAACACUAUCAUUGAAAUAAUUAACAUGAGCGUCAGUGGGGUUUAGGAAGAACACAAAUGAAAUUGUGCGUAGCGGGUCCCACUGUCUGUGGUGCCUAAAAUUGGAGAAAGCUGCAAAAGUGGAUUGAGGAACUGGAGCGCAAGAAGUCCAUGUUUUUCAUUCAUUCGAUUCAGUUAUGGCUGAAAAGAAGUCUUUAAAGAGCCUUAUGUUGCUUCCAGUGAAAACUUUUGAGGCUGAUGGAGUCGGUAAAUAAUUUCCAGUAAAACCAAGCGUGAUUUUCAGGCUUGCUCGGUUUCUGAAGUGAUGCAGCAACACACCCGAAAUGGUAUUAUAACACUCUGAAAAAUGAAUACUUAAAUUGUUGAGCAAACAGCAAAAUGAUGGGUAAGAAAAAUUUGAGAUUGAAGUGCUUUGCUGAAGUUAAAUGAACUACUGUUCCAGAGCCUUGUGGAGCAAGAUGAAAUAAAAUACUCCAAGGAAGGCUUGACAAAGUGGUGUAAGUAACUUGCACCAGUACAUUGAGCACUAAGAAAAUGCUUUAACUUUUUUAAAUUUGUGUUUCAAAUCAUUGGUCAAAGUUUCAGUUCAUAAGAUCAGGAACUUCAUUUAAAGAUCAGCCAGCCUUCAUUAAAAGUUUGAAACUGGUCUAAAAGUUUCUUUAAAAAAAAAGUACUAGUACUACAAAAUGAGAUGUAUAAAUGUGAUUUUUAAAUUAUAUGUAUUUUUAAAGUAGCUCGGAUGGUUUAGUUUAAAAGAGAUGAGAAAGACUUGAAGAAAUAAGUGCAAAGGUAUCUUGAGUUGUCAUCAGGACAAGAUUAAAAAAUAAAUUAGUGUUGAGGCUGACUUGGACAGAAGCUAAAUUUCCCCAUAAUGAAAGGAAUGACAGAUUUCAGCCAUACCAAAGCGGUUACGAGCAGCUCAGCAGGCAGGAAGGCAGAAUCCUUUGUGCUUCAUGCACAAAGCUGGAUUUAGCCUCGACAGAUGUGUUUUGUGGCAUUGCAGGAGGGUGUGUAUGGUGCAAUAUUUGGGAGUUUCUUGAAGGUUACACAAGCUCUUAUGCGAGGCAGCACAUGCUUUUGUGGCAGAGAAAGAAAAUUAAGGUUUGGCCGUUGUGCCAGAACUGAGUGUACUGCUUCAACUCACAUGAAUUGCUCAGCUUGUCCAUCCAGCACUUGCUCUUUUAUUAAAUGACAGCAUUCAGGGGCCUUAAAUAAGUAAAGUAUUUUUCAAUUAAAACCAGUUGAAAUUCCAGAAAUAAUGGUCUGAUUCUUCAGUGUGGCCUUGAGAAGGUCUUGCGGCUUGGACGACAAUUUAGGAAGGCUGAGACUGAAUUGCCAAACACACUUGGGUUCAUAUCCCAGGAUCACCGGCGUGCUGCAAUCAUCCGUUCACACCACCUGGCUGCCAAGUAUACUUUUGUCAUCUUGAUGUAAAGUAUGUAAAUAAGUGUAUGUAUUUUUUUUCUCCUCUGUUCUAAGUGUAAUUUUAUAUGCUGGAGUAGUAUUUAAAUAAAUAAAUAAAUAAACUAGUG